AUGGCACAGUUUGCUACGGUGGAUUGCCUGCAUAUGGUGUGGUUGAAAGAGCGGGAUAUCCAAGCUCGCCUCGAGGAGGGAGGACGGCUUGUCAGGGGUGUAGAUGGUGCCACGUUUGUAAAGUCGAGCGAGGAUGACUGCAUUGAGAACUCUGCCUUCUUGAAGCCUUAUAUGGUUAGGCAGCGGGGAGCUCGAAGCCUGGAUGUUCCCGACCUCGAUGCCCUGAAACACCAGCUUCUUGCUAUGCACACGCCAUUUGCCUUGAUUCGAGCGAAGACUUCGAAAAGGCCCAGGGCUCUGCUAGAGGCUACGGUGGAGUUGGUGCAAGCGAACGCCCACUUGGAUGCCAAAGCCCUGAAGCGCUUGUUUUCGUACGCACGCCAACGGUACCUGAAGCCUCACACCCCGAAAGAUGCUCGGCUGCACAGUUUGUGUGAGAUGAGACAGCAUCGUUAUGUGAAUGAGCGAAAUCCGGACUUUGCGGCUCUCCUGGAAUUGUGGGGCGAGAAAGAUCUUUAUGGUAAGGGUGGCAAAAAGACCCGGUGGGAUUCUGCUGAUGCUGAUGAAGUGGCUGGCAUGGAAGAUGCCUUCGAGGAGCAUCCCGAGGACCUCGAGGAUGCUGAGGAAGAGGAGGGGGAGGUGGAUCCGGUGGUGGAUGUUGCCCCUCUCCCUGAGCCGGUGAGUGAUCCCCGUUGCCUUGUGCCCUCUGCCUUGCAAAGGAAAGAUGCUGUGGUUCACAUGAACAGUUCGGCCUCGAUUUCCUCAGAUGCCACGACCCUCAUCCUGGGUGAGACGGGGACCCCUAAGACACCGAAGCCGAUUAAGGACCUUCCGGGUGUAGAGCCGCCGUCGGGCCAGAUCACACCGUCCCCUCCAAGCGAUCCAGCCCCACGUUUGGUCUACAAGGAAGUCUUGUAUGUGGCAGAGUCACCCAGGAAGUUGGUGAAAGCAGAGCUUCACGAUGAGGCAAACGAGCCCACCCGAUGCCAGCCGGAUCAUAUGGACAAGCUGGCCGCUAUGCAAGAGCUGGCUAUGCUGGAAGCCCGCCUAAAGGAAAGAAAGAUGACAAAUGCAGCCGAAGCCCCGCCACCCGAGCCGGAACACAAGGAUGCAAGCGAAGACGAACUAGCCCCAACCGAGCCAGAUCAAGAGGAGCCCACCACAGAACAGCCAGAACAGAUGGACAAGCAAGCCGCUAUGCAUGAGCUGGCUUUGUUGCAAGCACAGUUGCAGCUUCGAUCGGCUCGACGGGAUGCCAAGGGCAACUUGUCUAUAGGACCUGUUCAGCCUUCCGAAGCUGUGCUGGACACGGAUGAGACACAGGUGGCGGCAGCGACUGUGCUGGACAUGGAGGCCGAUAGAUUGGCACGCCUCAACUCGACCUCCGCUUUGGUUGAGGCCCUGCCAGACCCGCCUGUUAUCAGUCGUGAAGAGCAGCUGGAUGCUAGGAAAAAGCGCAAGGACAUUGCGGGUGCCAAGAGAGGCGCGAAGAAGGACCAUGUUGCAAAGGAGGUGGCUCCAAAGGCCAAUGAGGUCUCGACUUUUCAGGUGGACCAGGCAACGGCUGAGGCUUCAGAGGCCCAUGAGGGCCCAGCUGCCAAGGUGGGACAGGCAAUGGCUGAGGCUCCGGAGGCCACUGACGGCCAGCCUGGAGAGCUUGAGUUGCCGGCGACGAAGAAGCGCAGAACAGCCGCCAAAACCAAGCCUAAGCCUAGGGAGCAGGAGGAUCCGGAAAAAACUGGGGAUGCUGUGCCGGGAGAAGCCAAGGAGGACAAGGAGCCUGUGCCGGGCAAGAGCUCGAAGAAAGGAUCGGGGAAAGGAAGGGGGAGAGGAAAGGGCAAAGGAAGGGGGAAAGGAAGGGGCAAAGGAAGGGGGAAAGGAAGGGGGAAAGGAAAGGGUGCGAACAAAGCAAACAAAGGCAAAAGCAAGCGCAAGAAUCCUGAGGCUUCGGAGGCAGAGGCUCCAGCGAGGAGAUUGUCUAAGAAGACGGCCCCGGAGGACAAGGACGAGGCCACGACAGUGACAGAAACCAAGAAGAGACGCCAGGAAGGCCAGGGUGACAAGACAAAGCCAAAGAAGCAAAAGCAACCGGGCCUCGACUUUGAAGAGGAGAAGAUUGGCCUCAGGAAGCUUGUGGUUUCGGCAAACGGCGGCCUCACCCACUAUGUCAUUAUGGUCUACUGGACUCGUCCAGGUGUGGGCAUCAAGCAGGUGUCGGACGGAAAGCAGGUACAGUACUUGGGCAUGAAGGGUGUAUGCAUCUCGAAGCUUUUGAGUGCUGCGAUCGACCGUGCUCGGGUGAUGGACGAGGAUCCAUCGGAUCUGAAGAAGAUCAGCCAGUACGUUUUCAAGCGCAAGCAGGAGCUUACCAAAGGUAGCAGAAGCAGCAGCUGA